UUUCCCCACAAACCUGCCUGCGUGAGCAGCAGCAACAUGGCGGAGGGCGAGCUGAACAUCGACAGCCUCAUUUCUCGGCUACUAGAAGUGCGAGGAUGUCGUCCAGGGAAAACUGUGCAGAUGAGCGAGGCGGAGGUCCGAGGGCUCUGUAUCAAGUCCAGGGAGAUUUUCCUCAGUCAACCAAUCCUGCUGGAGCUCGAGGCUCCUCUUAAAAUUUGUGGUGAUAUUCAUGGACAGUACACAGACCUGCUGAGGCUUUUCGAGUAUGGAGGCUUCCCUCCGGAAGCUAAUUAUCUCUUCCUGGGCGAUUACGUGGACAGAGGGAAGCAAUCGCUGGAAACGAUCUGUCUGCUGCUCGCCUACAAGAUCAAAUACCCAGAAAAUUUCUUUCUGCUCAGGGGGAACCAUGAGUGUGCUUCCAUCAAUCGCAUUUAUGGCUUUUAUGAUGAAUGCAAGCGUCGGUUCAACAUAAAGCUCUGGAAGACGUUCACAGAUUGCUUUAAUUGUCUGCCAAUCGCUGCAAUCAUUGACGAGAAAAUCUUCUGCUGUCAUGGAGGCCUCUCACCUGAUCUGCAGUCCAUGGAACAAAUUCGACGUAUAAUGAGACCAACGGAUGUGCCAGACACAGGUUUGCUGUGUGACUUGCUGUGGUCAGACCCAGACAAGGACGUGCAGGGUUGGGGGGAAAAUGACCGCGGGGUCUCCUUCACCUUCGGGGCCGACGUGGUCAGCAAGUUCCUCAAUCGCCACGACCUGGACCUCAUCUGCCGGGCCCAUCAGGUUGUUGAAGAUGGUUACGAGUUCUUUGCGAAGCGACAGCUGGUGACGCUGUUUUCUGCCCCCAACUACUGCGGAGAGUUUGACAACGCAGGAGGCAUGAUGAGUGUGGACGAGUCCCUCAUGUGCUCCUUUCAGAUUCUGAAGCCAUCAGAGAAAAAAGCAAAGUAUCAGUACGGAGGGGUGAACUCGGGGCGUCCCGUCACACCGCCUCGCACCACUCAGGCACCUAAGAAGAGGUGAAGCAGCUGGUCCUGGCCUUGUCUCUUUUUUUUUUUGUUUGUUUUUUUCAGGUUGCCUCAAACGCUCCAGUUUUUUCUCUCACUUCAUUUCUGUGUAAAUAAACCCACGUGGAGUGUUGUUUUUAUGUUUUUUUUUUCUUAUUUUCUUGCUUUCUCUGAGUAGUUUUUAUAAACUUCUUAUUUUUUGUGUACAUUUUUGCACUGACUCACCCUUGUUUCUUACUCAGCCUUUUCGAGACUAUUUAUCUAACCUCUUGUGGAAUCUGAAUGCUUUAUUCAUGCUUCAGAUUAAAACAUUUCCAGUGUGAUUUUACUGAAAGCAUGCUGUUGCAGCCAAUGUCAAAUCAGAUCUUCUGCUUGUUUAGUUUUCAUUUAUUAUAAAAUUUGAUGUCAGACACUUGAAAUUAAUAGUAAAAAUCAAGAAAAACUCCAAGCAUAUGUAACUCAGCAGAAAAGGCAUCUAAACUUGAGCUGUGACUUCUCCACAAUGCAAGAAUGUUUUUUUUUUCUACCUGGAGUAGAAAAAAUAUGUAAAUUUUUAUUUUUUUCUUCUAAAGUUGGACCAUAACUCCAGGCUUUAUUCCCUCCUAAUCUAACAAUUACUUUUUCUACAUCCUACAGCCUCAGAUUAUUGAAGCAUUUCUUUUCAAAAAAGCUUCUAUUCAUGAAAAACUGUAGUAUUUUUUUUUUCUGUUGUUGGAAUUUAGUCUGGAUGAAAACCAAACCAGCUCCUGAUCAUCUUGAGUUUGUAUCUAAUCUCUAAAAAUAUAAAAAUAGGAAUGGUUAAAUCAGUGCAAAGAAGAAUGGAUUCAAAAUUAUGCUCAAAGUGGCUUUUUAUUAGGAAAGGCAGUGAUUAAGUACAGUAUAAAGACUUGUAAUUAAAAUGUGUUCAUAACGAUUGUAUUUUCAGUCAUUGCAUGUGUAAAAAGAUCAAACAAGUCAAUGUGGUAUUUUGUUUGUUGGCACUCUGCAAAUAAAGUUGCAUUGUUCCCACUU